AUGGUGACGUUUGCGGAGCGCCCAUCUGUGGCGCCGCUGCGCAAGGCCAAGCGCAUCAAGUUUGGCAUUCUCAGCCCCGACGAGAUCAAGGCCGGUUCCGUGUGCGAGAUCACCACGCCAGAGCACCAGGAGAAUGGCGUACCAAAGCCUGGUGGCCUGAGUGACCCUCGCAUGGGCCCCAUUGAUCGCGACCUUCGCUGUGAGACGUGCCAUGGCACCGCCUCGGAAUGCCCGGGACACUUUGGCCACAUCGACCUGGCCAAGCCCGUCGUCCACGUUGGCAUGAUCAGCAAGAUUGUGCAGGUUCUUCGCUGCAUCUGCAAGUCGUGCUCAAAGCUGCUGGUUGACCUGUCGGAUGAUGAGGUGAAGGAGAUUCUGCGCCGCACGAAGAACGACCCCAAGAAGCGGCUCAAGGCCAUUGCCAAGAAGUGUGCUGGCCGCAAGGUGUGCGAGGCCGGAACAGGGAUGGACGACGACAGGCCAGACGACAUCCAGCUCAGCCCAGAGGAGGAGCUUGAGAAGCAGGGCCACUCGGGGUGCGGUGCCGAGCAGCCAAAGUCCGUGCGUCGCUCUACUGAGCCCGGGCAUACGCUCGAAAUCAUCAUGGAGACAAAGGACGACAACGGUCUUGUCACAGCGCGCACCAUGUCGACGGAAGAAAUUUACGAGCUUCUGCACAACAUCAGCCACGCCGAUGCCGAGGCGCUGGGCUUUGACCCCCAUCACACGCGCCCGGACUGGCUUAUGAUCACCUGCCUGCCCGUGCCCCCGCUCGCCGUGCGCCCUUCCGUGCAGAUGGGCAGCGGUGGCCGCAGCCACGAUGACCUCACCAACCAGUACGCAGAGAUUGUCAAGGCAAACAACGGCCUGCGCGAGAACGAGCAGAGCGGUGCGCCACGGCACGUGAUUGAGGAGAACGUGCUCUACCUCCAGUUCAAGGUGGCCACCCUCUUCGACAACAACCUCCCACACAUGCCCAUGUCCAUGCAGAAAUCUGGGCGCCCCAUCAAGGCCAUCUCGCAGCGCCUCAAGGGCAAAGAGGGCCGAAUCCGCGGGAACCUCAUGGGAAAGCGCGUCGACUUUAGCGCACGUACCGUCAUCAACCCAGACCCAAACCUCGAGAUUGACCAGGUUGGCGUGCCGACAUCCGUGGCGCUGACGCUGACAGUGCCGGAGCGGGUGACCAACUUCAACAUCAACACCAUGAAGCAGUAUGUUGACCGCGGCCCAAACCAGCAUCCGGGCGCCAAGUACAUCAUCCGCGAUGACGGGCAGCGCAUCGAUCUGCGGCACGCGCGCAACGCCAUGGAUCUCAACCUCCAGCCCGGGUACAUUGUUGAGCGGCAUCUCAAGGACGACGAUGUCAUCAUCUUCAACCGACAGCCAACCCUGCACAAGAUGUCCAUGAUGGGCCAUCGCGUCAAGGUUCUGCCGUGGUCAACCUUCCGCAUGAACCUCAGUGUCACCUCCCCGUACAACGCCGAUUUCGAUGGCGAUGAAAUGAACUUGCACGUGCCACAAUCCCUCGGCACCCGCGCGGAGGUCGAGGAGAUUAUGAUGGUGCAGCGGAACAUUUUGACGCCGCAGGCCAACCGGCCUGUGAUGGGUAUCAUCCAGGAUACGCUGACGGCCAUCCGCAAGCUCACGUUCCGCGACACAUUCAUCGAGAAGGACGACAUGAUGCAGCUGCUCAUGUGGUACCCCAACUGGGACGGCCGCCUGCCGGAGCCUGCGCUGCUCAAGCCAAAGGAGUUGUGGACCGGCAAGCAGCUCGUGUCCAUGGUGCUGCCGGACAAGAUCAACCUGGUGCAGUUUUACAGCCAGCACGACGGCUCCGUCGACACGCCGCGGGACAAGGACGGCAACGUGAUUGAGGCGGAGGACGCCACCCACAUCACCCAGCACGACACGCGCGUGCUGAUCCAGAACGGCAAGCUCAUCUCCGGCAUCCUGUGCAAGAAGACGAUGGGCGCGCGCGCCAACGGCGUCAUCCACGUCAUCAUGAUGGAGCACGGCCACGAGCGCGCCCGCCAGUUUUACGGCAACGUGCAGACGGUGGUCAACAACUGGCUCCUCAUCCACGGCCACAGCAUCGGCAUCGGCGACGCCAUUGCCGACACGCACACCUACGACACAAUUGACAGCGAGAAGGCGGCGGCCAACGAGAAGGUGAACGAGCUCAUCCAGGACGCGCAGCUGGACAAGAUUGAGCCGUCGCCCGGCCACACCAUCCGCCAGACGUUUGAGGCCAAGGUGAACAAGAACCUUAACCAGGUCAUCAAGAAGACGGGUGGCGCCGUGCAGAAGGCGCUCUCCGAGCACAACAACUUCAAGGCCAUGUCCACCGCCGGGUCCAAGGGCAGCGAGAUCAACAUCUCCCAGAUCAUCGCCUGCGUCUCGCAGCAGAACGUGGAGGGCAAGCGCAUCCCCUUUGGCUUUCGGCACCGCAGCCUGCCGCACUUUGUCAAGGACGACUACGGCCCGCACGCGUGCGGGUUUGUCUUCAGCUCCUACAUCCAAGGGCUCGAGCCGCACGAGUUUUUCUUUCACGCCAUGGGCGGGCGCGAGGGUCUGAUUGACACGGCCGUGAAGACGGCCGAGACCGGGUACAUCCAGCGGCGGCUGGUCAAGUCCAUGGAGGGCCUGCGCCUGGAGUACGACGGCACCGUGCGCAACUCCACGGGCGACCUGGUGCAGCUGCACUACGGCGAGGACGGCAUGGACGGCGCCCUCGUCGAGUCGCAGUCACUCACCCUCAAGCUCGACAACGCCACGUUUGAGAAACGCUUCCUCACCAACGUCGCCAACACCCGCUCCCUGCGGCGCUUCCUGACGGAGGACGUGGUGGACGACCUGGCCGCGUCGCAGGACGCCGCGCAGCAGCUGCUGGACGAGUACGAGCAGCUCAUCCGCGACCGCGACGAGCUGCGCAAGGUGCACGACCGCGGCAACGAGACGGUCGUCCUCCCCGUCAACCUGCACCGCCUGCUGUGGAACGCGCAGAAGCUGUUCCACAUUGACGGCACGCAGCCCUCGGACCUCAACCCGCUGUACGCGCUCACCUCCAUCAACGCGCUCACAAAAAAGCUGAUCGUGGUGCCGGGCGACGACCCCAUCAGCGUCGCCGCGCAGGAGUCGACCACGCUGCAGUUUUGCUGCCACUUGCGCUCCAUGCUGGCCACAAACCGCCUCAUCCACGAGCACCGCCUCACGCGCGAGGCGUUUGAGUGGGUGCUGGGCGAGAUUGAGCACAGGUUUGCGCAGUCGCAGGCGCAGCCCGCGGAGAUGGUGGGCCCGCUGGCGGCCCAGUGCCUCGGCGAGCCAACCACGCAGAUGACGCUCAACACGUUCCACCAGGCCGGUUACUCCGCCAAGAACGUCACGCUCGGCGUGCCGCGCCUCAAGGAGAUCAUCAACGUGUCUCGCAACCCCAAGACGCCAAGCAUGCUGCUGUUCCUGGACGAGCAGGCCAGCGACAACGAGACGCUCGCGCUGCGCUGCCUGUACGACCUCGAGUACACCCCACUCAGUGCCGUGGUGAAGAAGAGCAGCAUCUGCUUUGACCCGGACGAGCGCAACACCAUCAUCCAAGAGGACCUCGAGUUUCUGCAGGACUACUUUGACGACCCAGACUACCACCCCGAGGACCUGUCCCCCUGGGUGCUGCGGCUGGAGCUUGACUCGGUGCAGAUGACCCUGCGCGACGUGUCCUGCGACAUGAUUGAGGAGAAGAUUGAGUCGUACCUCGAGUCGACGGUCAAGUGCGUGUACACGACCAACGCCGCUGCCAAGCAGAAGGUGAUGCGCAUCCGCCUGACCAAGGUGGAGGAGAACGAGGAGGGCAUGGAGGACUUCAUGUCCGCGGACCGCCUGCUGCGCCUGGUGGAGGAGCGGCUGCUGAAGAACCUGCACCUCAAGGGCGUGGAGGAGAUCUCGCGCGGGUACAUCUCAAAGCCGGAGACCAAGGAGCCGGAGAAGCUCAAGCGCUACUAUGACGAGAACGGCACCUUCCAGAGUAAGUCUGGCUGGAUCAUCGAGACGGACGGCUCCAGCCUGGCCAAGGUGCUCUCGCACCCGCACGUCGACCCGGAAAACUCGUCCACCAACGACAUUGUGGAGGUGUUCCAGGUGUUUGGCAUUGAGGCGGCGCGCAAGGCCGUGGAGAACGAGAUUAUCAACGUCGUGACGUCUGGCGGCGCCAACGUCAACUACCGCCACCUGUCGCUGCUGUGCGACAUUAUGACGAACAAGGGCAGCCUGAUGGCCAUCACGCGCCACGGCAUCAACCGCCAGAGCACCGGCGCCCUGAUGCGAGCCUCCUUUGAGGAGACGGUCGACAUUCUGCUUGAGGCCGCGGCCCACGCAGAGACGGACACCAUGCGUGGCGUCUCGGAGAACAUCAUGCUGGGCAACCUCGCCCCGGUCGGCACGGGCUACUUUGACCUGUUUAUUGACCGCGACAUGCUGUCGCAGGCCAUCACGUUCCGCCCCACGGACCUGGUUGGCGACGACGACAUUCUCGGUGCAGAGGAAGGCGAUGACCUGGGCGAGGGCGCGGCAACGCCGUGGACCAGCGCCCGCACCCCAGCCCACUUUGCCGCGUCGCCCUCCAUCGUCGGCGGGCAGACCCCCAUCAUGGGCCAGUUCACCCCGGAUCACGCCUUUGACGGCACGCUGUCGCCCGGCCGCAGCCCCGUGGCGGACUCGCCAGGGUUUGGCGCCAUGUCGCCCUCGUACAACCCGGCGUCGCCACGCUACGCCCCGCAGUCGCCCGGGUACUCCCCGACGUCUCCCAGGGCCGACGCUGCAGCGUCGCCAAUGUACAGCCCAACGUCGCCCGGGUACUCCCCGACGUCGCCCAAGCCAGGCCAGUCGCCGACAUCGCCCUCGUACUCACCGACAUCACCAGGAUACUCGCCCACCUCCCCAUCUUUCUCCCCGACGUCCCCCUCUUACUCGCCCACGUCGCCCUCGUACAGCCCAACCUCGCCCAGCUACUCCCCCACAUCGCCGUCUUACUCUCCCACCUCCCCGUCCUACUCUCCCACCUCCCCGUCCUACUCCCCGACGUCGCCGUCCUACUCGCCAACGUCGCCGAGCUACUCACCCACGUCCCCCUCUUACUCGCCCACGUCGCCGUCGUACAGCCCAACCUCGCCCAGCUACUCCCCCACAUCGCCGUCUUACUCUCCCACCUCCCCGUCGUACUCCCCAACCUCCCCAAGCUACAGCCCCACAUCGCCAUCAUACAGCCCCACAUCACCAAGCUACUCGCCUACGUCUCCUUCAUACAGCCCCACAUCCCCGAGCUAUUCUCCCACGUCCCCGUCAUACUCGCCCACGUCGCCGAGCUACAGCCCCACGUCCCCAUCCUAUUCGCCCACGUCGCCCUCGUACAGCCCAACCUCGCCCAGCUACUCUCCCACAUCGCCGUCUUACUCCCCCACCUCCCCGUCCUACUCUCCCACAGCUCCUGGUGGCAGCAACAACAACCCCAGCCGUUAG